CCUCCGCCGCUUCAGUCUUCGCCCUGCCGCUACGGUGCACGUCUCUGGCCUCCUCGCCGCCCGCAGUUCCGCCCACGAAUACAUCGACUCCAAAGACGCCGAGUUGCUCCCAACCACUUGUAGAUCGUAGCCGCCCUCAUCCAAGCAUAAUGCGACUCAAUCCAAGUGUUUACUCCUUCUUCUACGUCUUUAUAUUGUUCUGACUAGUGUUUUUUUUGUGUUUUUGAGUUAUUUUUUUAUUAAAAAAAUCAAAAAACGAGAAAUAAUGGGUGUCAUCGCGAAACUGUUAUGCACGGUGCUUCUCAUCUUCAAUCUGCAGACAAGAGCGGAAGGUUCUGAUGACAUUGUGCCAGACCCGAUAAAAGAUAACCAAUGGGCAUGGAGAGCUCACAAAAGUUUUGGAAGACUUAGGCAUUCUCGCCACUUGAAUAGUAAUAAAAAUCCGUCACACUUUGAUGAUUUAUAUUUACAGAAACAUCAUUCCCAAAUACAGGAGAACCAUAAACCAGUAUUUCCAAAUUGUUCUGACCUGAAGCCUUCGGUAAAAGAAGAAUUGCCCUCAGGAACUCCUGUUAUUCAGGUGACAGCGAUUGAUUCCGAUCCUAUCGACAAUGGAGGGAAAUUGACAUAUUCUUUCGUUUCGGCCCCAGGAGAAAGACUUAAAUUCACGAUUGAUCCUGAUUCAGGAGCUAUACAAACAAAACAUGUUUUUGAUCGUGAUGAGCCGACAAGGGAGAAAGAAGUCCGUCUGACAGUAAGAGCAACCGACAACGGAAGACCGCAAUUAGAUGCAGUUUGCAGCAUUAAAAUAACAAUACAGGAUACCAACGAUAAUGCUCCCGUCUUUGAUAAAGUUAACUAUGAAGAAUCUGUCCCACAAGAUUUAAUGGUUAAACAGGAAGUGAUGCGAAUUUCCGCAACCGAUAUUGACGACGGGAAAAACAGUAUUGUUGUGUACAGGCUGGAACCAGCUUCUCCAAGCGAUGAUAAUUAUUUCAAGAUAGACGCCAACACUGGAGUGAUCCAUUUGGAGAAGGCUAUUAAUAAAAAUCCUGGUUAUCGUUUCAAUUUCCGAGCCACAGCAGAGGACCAAGCUGAGGACGAGGAGAGAAUGGAAACUACAAUCAAAUUAGAAAUUGUAGUGGUUGAAUCUAACAAAAAAGCGCCUACUUUUACUAGCUUACCAACACCGCCUAUAGUUUUGAAAGAAAAUUUAAGAAAUUUUUCAUAUAACAUUGCUACACUCACUGCCGUUUCCAACACUGACGAAGCCGCCCCCGUUUUCGAACUUGUCGCUGGAAGAACUGAACAAACAAAUAAACACAGCACAUUUCGUCUUGAGUCAGAAGGAAGAACAGCUCAUAUUAGACUAGCUCAUCAUAUGGAUUACGAAUCAAUAACCGAAUAUACUUUAACCAUAAGAAUUCAAAACAAAUUCAAUUUAGCUGCUGAAACAACAAUACACAUUCAGUUGGAAGAUGUAAACGAUAACAUUCCAGUAUUCACCGAAGUAGUGACUGGGGUAGUUUUAGAAAAUGAACCUCCUGGAACUCCAGUCAUGCAAGUCCGUGCGAUUGACGCUGACAGUACUACGCAACAUAAUCAGGUCACCUACGAGCUUGCAGACAACCAAGAAAACUUUAAAAUAGAUUUAUACACUGGUAACAUUACAACUCUUAAGACAUUUGACAGGGAAGAACAAGACUUUUACAAUGUAAAAGUCAUCGCGACAGACAAUUCACCUUCAGCUUUAUACACAACAGGAGAGCCAAAUAGAGGUCAACAAGUUUUUAGGAUAGAAAUAGCGGAUAAAAAUGACCAUCCUCCUCGUUUUACACAAACGAUAUACAUUGCUGAAGCUAUUCCAGAGGAUGCAAAUAACAAUGCGUUAGUUACUGAAGUGAAAGCAGUUGACAAUGAUACAGCUUCACUUGUAACGUACAGCAUAGUUGAAGGCAAUGAAAAUAAAGCGUUUCUCAUAGAAAAUAAAACGGGGAAAAUCAGAGUUCUUGGCCAAUUAGAUUAUGAAACAAAAACAUCGUACACUCUGAAAGUGAGAGCUUUCGACGGUGCUUAUGAAGAUUACUGUACAGUUGAAAUAAAAAUUGAGAAUGUUAAUGACAAUCCGCCCGUAUUCGUCAAAAGAGGAUUCAACAAUGUAACAAUAAACGAAGAAGAAGUCUUCGUUGGAUGCAUCGCUCAGCUGGAAGCGUACGAUCCUGAUAUUCCUGACAGAUACGCACCCCAACAUAUAGUGUAUUAUGUCGUGAAACAAGACCAGCAAAAAUUGCUUGCAGUUGAUAAGAAAGGAUGCUUGUCGUUGAUCAAGCCUUUGGAUCGAGAUCCUCCGAACGGUUUCGAUUUAUGGCAGGUUAUCAUUUCCGCCAAUGAUGAGGAUGGUGGGCCAACCAGUUUGCAGUCUAGCACGGAAGUCGUUAUCAAGUUGAUAGACGUUAACGACAAUGAACCUUAUUUAGAUAUGGAUCAACCUGUCGUUUGGAGAGAAAAUCAAGGACCUGACAAAAUUACUGAACUCAGAGCAAAAGAUAAUGAUGGACCGACUAAUGGUCCACCUUUCACAUUUGCAAUUGCAAGUAGUGCAAGUACUGACAUAAAAACCAAAUUCAGUAUCACUGAUACUACAUUAAGAGCUUUGGUAUCAUUUGAUCGAGAAGAGACAAAAGAAUAUCGUAUUCCGAUACAAAUCCGUGAUAGCGGUAUUCCGAACAAGACUGGAACAAGUACUCUGACGGUUGUUAUUGGUGACGUAAACGAUAAUGCGAUGAAAGAAGGACACAGUAGCAUCUUUGUGUAUAAUUAUAAGGGCGAAGCGCCAGACACUGAAAUCGGCCGUGUUUACGUAGAUGAUCCUGAUGAUUGGGAUCUACCUGAUAAAACGUUUUCCUGGGUGGAUAAAGCUCAUUCGAAAUUUGAUUUGAACCCUAGAACCGGCAUGAUUACAAUGGUACAGGGUACAACAGAUCAAUCAUAUCUCCUUCAAUUUUCCGUUAAAGAAGAAAGUGCAAAAAUCCCUGCCCACUUUGUAUUUGCGACAGUCAAUGUGACAGUUAAAGAAAUACCAGAAGAAGCUGUUGAUAAAUCAGGCUCAGUUCGAAUUGCUGGAAUAACAGCUGAAGAAUUUAUUGAACCGAAUGCUAAUGGAUUAAACAAACAAGCAAUUCUUAGAAAAUAUUUAUCAAAAUACUUAAACGUGAGUGAAGAAAACAUUGAUAUUUUUACCGUUAUUAAUUCCCCUCAUAACUCGAAUGCCACGUUGCUGGAUGUAAGAUUUUCCGCCCAUGGAUCUCCGUAUUACAGCCCUGAAAAACUCAAUGCCGCUGUCAGCGCUCAUAACGAUGAGCUUGAAAAGGAACUGGGCGUAGUCAUUUUAAUGAUAAACAUCGACGAGUGCAUGAUCGAAAAAGCAUACUGCCAACAAUCUUGCACAAAUUUUUUGAAUAAGAGCAAUGUCCCUUGGCCCAUUUACACCAAUACGACAACGUUUGUUGGAGUUAAAGCGGUUGUGGAUCCGUUGUGCAGCUGUAUUCCAAGAAUUGUGUGCCACAACGGAGGAACUCAAAUUAAUGAUAGAGAAUGUAUUUGCCCUGAAGGUUUUGACGGGCCUCAAUGUCAAAUCGUAAGCAUUGGUUUUAAUGGAAACGGGUUCGCGCUGUAUCCACCAUUGGAAGCUUGUGAAGAUUCACAUCUUUCUGUCGAAAUCAGAUCAAAAAAACCAGAUGGCCUUAUCUUUUACAUCGGCCCCACCACAAAACCAAAUGAUGACUUUUAUGUACAAGAUUUCAUGUCCCUUGAACUGAAGGAUGGAUUUCCUGUUUUGCUUGUCGAUUAUGGAACUGGAACUGUCAGAAUAGUCCAAAAAGAAAUUAAACUUGAUGACGGAGAACUUCACAGACUUGAUAUAAUUUGGUCUAAAAAUAAUAUUGAAUUACAAGUUGACAACUGUAAAACACAAGGUUGUUUAAGUUUGACACCUCCUAGUGGUACCAAUGAAUUUCUUAAUGUAAACGGCCCGCUACAAGUCGGAGGUUCUUUCGUCAGCUUUGACUAUUUAAACACUCAUUUUAAAUGGAAUCACAGACCAACUCAACAAGGAUUCAGUGGUUGUGUUCGAAACUUCACAUUUAACUCACGACUAUACAAUUUGGGAGGACCAAGCUUAGCGAAAGAAGCCGAUGUCGGUUGCUCAACAGGAGUCGCUGUUGCUAUUUCUUUGAGAGUAGAUACAAGUUUUCUAAUUGCUCUCUUGGCGUGCCUCGCCAUCCUUAUAGUUUUAGUUCUGGCUGUAGUAGUGCACAGAAGGAAAACAGAUGAUCUGUAUAAAGAUACAGACGAUAUUAGAGAAAAUAUUAUAAACUAUGAAGAUGAAGGUGGCGGUGAAGGCGACAUGAACGCGUAUGACUUAAACGUCCUGCGUUUAAUAUACGAAGAAGAUCCAAUACGUGAUAAGCAUAAAGAUCACCUCAAUCCAAGAAGUGCGUUUUUAGGAAAUGAAGAAGUUCCUGAUAUAUCUGGAUUUUUGGAUGGCAAAAAGAAGACAGUCGACAACGAUCCUGAUACGAAUCCAUUUGAUGACGUGAGACAUUACGCGUACGAAGGAGGGGAUGGUAACUCAACAGGAUCUUUAUCAUCAUUGGCUUCAGGCACAGACGAAGGUGACUUGAAUUUUGAUUACCUUUCGAAUUUCGGGCCUCGCUUCAGGAAAUUGGCAGAUAUGUACGGGGAAGACCCUAGCGAAGACGAAGACGACAAUUACCAACAUGUGAAAAGAUAGACAAACGGUUAACAAACGAUCCUUAUUGACUCACUGUGUAGAUUUAAAACCUGUUCCAAUUGUACUAUGAGAACUGUAUUAUUUAUUGAUUUAAUACAAACAAAUUUCUUAUUGAAUGGAAAUUAUUGUAAAAUUUGAAUACAAGGAUAGUUUAUUAUUAAAAUAAAAAUUAAAAUAAAAAAUACUGAAGCCAAAAAUAAUAGAUAAGCAUUGCUACUAACAAAUUAUUUUUAUAACACAUGAUUGUCAUUUCACUAUGCACAGUAUAGGAAAAAAUCUAUAUGUACAUAAUUAUAUACUAUCCAUUUAUAUAUAAAACAUGUGCAUGUGUAUAUGUGAAUGUAAAAAAAAAAUUCAGAAUUCAGACCAAGUUGAUAAAGAAAUUUCUCAAUCAGCUAUAAAAUUAGUAAAUUUUUAGUCCAAUACAUAAUAUCGUUAUUUAUGUAAACAAUAUUCAAUGUGUUAUCGUUACUUAAAUUUCAAAAUUACCUUUGUGUUAUAGGGUGUUUUUUCUUUUUUUUUUUUCAAUUUUUGUAUAUUAUUUUAGACAGGUGCAGAAUUGGUUCUCAUAGAAUAAAUCUAUUUGCCUUAUUGGAUUUUAAAAGCUACAUUAUAUGAUCAAAUGUUACUUUGAAUCGAUACAAAAUGAAAGACUUGCUUUAUGCACUCUUAGAUUUUUAUUUUAAAAAAUGUACAUUAAACCAAUAUCUGUGUCUAAAUAAAGAAAAACUAGAAUUAUAAACAAUUUUUCUACUCAUGACUGAAUACUGUAGAAAGAUUUAAAAAAAAUCGCUGAACCAACAUCAAACAAAUUGGCUUUAUUUUAUUUUUAAAAUAAUUGUUUAGAUUUAAAAAAUUGGCAUUACAACUUAACAUGAGUGGUUGAAAAUUGAUCUAUUUUGGUUUUUCUUUGUAUAGUAAACAAUUUUGGGUUUUUUUUAUAUUGAACUUUAUUUUGAUUUGUUUAAGGAACCGACCUUUGUUUCCACAGUGUUAGCAAUUGAAAUAAUAACUUCAAUGUACAUAAAAAUUUAGAAACUUGUUCUCAAGUUUUUAUUAAUUAUGUUGCUGAAAUAAAAAAUUAAAAAAACUGGAAACCAGGGUCCUUUAUAUAAAAUGGACGCUACUUACACUCUUUAUUGAACUGAGUGGUGCCUUUAUGGCUUAUAUUUAAGUGUUUUAAUGUACAUACAAAUUGUCAAGGAACUGGUAGAUGUUCGUUAUUUCCUACUUAAACUAUUACAAGGCCAUUUUUUUCAUUUAACAAUAACAAACGAUUUUUUUAAUGAAAAAUUUAAAAAUUGUGUACUUGGAAAAAGAAUGUUUUUGUAAAAAAAAAAAUUAGAAAUGUGUAAAAAAUUAUUGGCACACUAUUUAAUAAGACUGUAAAUAUUUUUGUGAUGAAAGCAUUACUUUUUAGUUUAAGCUUUAAAUGUAAAAAAUUAAAUAAACUGUAUGUGAAUUUAGAAUACUUGCACAUAAAUGUUUUCAGGCAAAAUAUUAAAAAAAAUUAUUAUAUGUUUUAAUAUGAUAAUUAUCAUUUAGGAAAUUGAUGAACAUUCUAUGUAACCCUUGUAAUAAUAAUAAUAUAAAUGUUUAUACAUUCCAUUUUAGCUUCAAUGUAUGAAUGAUUUCUGCUUAAAAUGUGUAUGUAUAUAUUGCUAACAAUUUGUAAACUUAUAUUGUGUAAUAUAUUCCCUUUAUAUGUGCUAUGGUAACAACGACUAUUACCAAUUUACAUAAACCUAUUCAUAAAUCAGUAUUUGAUGUUAACAAUUGACAUUUGGGAAAAUGUAGACAAAACAUUUUUAUUAAUUACCAACAAUUCCUUGCAGAUUUAUUUAUUUAUUAUUAUUUGUAUAGGGGCCAAACUUGUAAUGAUACAUUAUAUAUAGUUUGUGAUCUCAGAGUAAAUAUAAAUGUUCGGUGAAAAGACACGAACAAGAUUGAGUCAAUGUAAAUAAAACGGAUUGAGUGGCGGAUGUUCCAAUAUUCAAGAAG